AUGUCAGUUACCAUAAAUACGGUAGAUCAGUUUGGUAUCUGUCGAUCAGCAACUUCACGUAUCGAAAAAGAAAUGCGAAUUAUUAUUACGGGAGCGUCUGGUCUUUUAGGCCGUGCUGUUUAUAAAACUUUUAAUGAAUCGAGUCAUCAAGUGCUUGGUCUUGCCAGAAGUCGCGUGAGAAAUGGCCUGAAGCAGAUUGAUUUGACCAACAAAGAAGCGUUAGAAUCUUUAAUUCACGAAUUUAAACCAGAUGCAAUCGUUCACACCGCGGCCGAGCGAAGGCCUGACGUUGUAGAAAAAAAUAGAGAAGUUGCUUUAGAGCUCAAUGUGAAUGUUCCGGAUCAUCUCGCCACACUUUCGAAAAUCCAUAACUUUUCAUUGAUUUAUAUCUCUACAGACUAUGUAUUUGAUGGAAAAAAUCCACCUUAUGAUGUAGAUGACAAACCGAAUCCAUUGAAUUCUUAUGGUGAAACCAAGUACAGAGGUGAACUCGCAGUUCAAAAUGUUAGCCCGAAAGCAAUUAUCCUACGAGUUCCAAUUUUGUAUGGUGAAGUGGAAUAUCCUGAUGAAUCAGCUGUUAACGUUCUAGUGGAAUCAGUGAAAAAUUCUUCAAGAAAAAUAGAAAUGGAUCAUUAUGCGAUUAGAUAUCCUACAAACGUGCAAGAUGUAGCUCGAGUUAUCAGGGAUAUAUUAGAGAAACCGAAUUUUCCGAAUUCUGGAGUGUUCCAUUUCAGCGCCAAUGAGAAUUUAACAAAGUACCAAAUGUGUGAGGUGUUUUCUAGGAUUGUACAUAUUCCCAUAGAUCAUAUUAAACCUAUAGAUUCUGUACCUGUUUCAGCAGCCACGAAACGACCGUAUGAUUGUCACUUGUCAUGUGAGAAGCUUGCAAAUCUAGGGAUUGAUGUGAAUUGUGUUUCAUUCGAAGACUGGUGGAAAAAUUAUUUGAGUGUUAGCUAA